AUGGUGAAGGCAACUAUAGUUGGAAGGGUAAGCGAUGGAUUGCCUCUAGCACAAGGACUGAGAUAUAUGAAUGAAGAGAAUGGAUAUCUUUCAUGUUACAGGCAACAAGCAGAGUUUAUUCUCCAAGAAAUUUCAAGGGGAGUAUUAACAGCUUCCAAGAUGACUAUUCAUGUUGAUCAUUUCUGCUUCAACUACUUGGUCGAGAACGGAGUUGUUUUCAUUGUCUUGUGUGAGUCCACAUAUCCAAGAAAACUGGUUUUUCAUUACCUACAAGAUAUUCAAAAGGAGUUUGAGAAGUUUGAUAAAACUCUCAUAGACAAAAUCACAAGGCCAUACAGCUUUGUCAAAUUUGAUGGUAUAAUUGCAAACAUUAGUAGACAGUACAUUGACACAAGAACUCAGGCCAACCUAUCUAAACUUAAUGCUAACCGGAAACAAGAUUUAGAUGUUGCCACUGAAGAUAUUUAUAACAUUUUAGAAAGGAAGAGAAAUUCAGAAACAAUGAGAAGGUUAUCAGUUACUCCUCAAGCUGACUCCACAAUAUGGUGUUCUGCACGCCUUGAGGUGAUUGCUUUGAAAUGGACACCUAUUAUGAUCCUUGUAAUUACUUCUGUGGCUCUUCUAUGGGCUAGCUUAGUUCUCACAGAUGAAUUUAUUAUUUCAAGCUGGUGA